AUGCCGGAGACUUCAGGAAUCAUCAUCUUCGCCCUGUGGUACUUGGGCAUUGCAUUCAAUUACGCAAUAGAAAAAUACUACAACAAAUCAAGGAAUCAAGAAAAUGACAAUGAAAAGCAAGAUAUGACGCCGAUUGAACGGCUGAUAAUGAAAAGUCAGGAAGUUAUAGAAACGUCUUCAUUAUUCAAUGACGUUCCAUCAUCACUAUCCGGAACCCCAGAUGAAAAUAAUACUAAUAAAAUAAAGAGUGAUUCAAAUUAUUCUAACGCUGAAGUAUCUGAUGCGAAGGAACCUGAACCAAUACAGACAGCUGUUGAAUCGAAUCAAGAAUUUCUUCAUGAGGAAAUCCUCGAGGAGUCACCGGAGUAUUACGAAAAUGAAGAAUAA